UGUUUGUCACGUGUACCGACGCGGGUAACGAGGUUAUGUACGAUUAACUUCGGUGUAAAGUCGAAAAAUUAUCCUGCACAAUGUCCAACGAGCACGAAAACGACGAAAGGGGUAAGAAAAGAAAGAAGAAACGAUCUCACAUUCAGAUGGCGAAGAAACUUGCACGACGAAGAUAUCACGGAUCCGACGUAGAUUCGGACACUUAUCAGUACAUGGUGCGUAUCCUGGAAUUGAUGAAAACCGAUUUCCCCACUGCCGAGGAAAAGUUGUUAUUCGUGAAUAACGUGUACGUGGAAACCACUGGCCGUGAAAUCGAGUACGCCCGAAACCAGGUUGGCUCCAGGAUAUUGGAUUCGCUGUUAACGUACGCGAAUUUAGAAACGAUUCAGAGGUUAGUCGACGCUUUUGGACCUUCGUUACGACCGCUCAGUAGCGACAGAUUUGCUAGUCACGUUUUGCAAAAGAUCGUGGUAGUUUGCGCGGAUAGGGCAAACAGAGGUCCACCUCCGGAAUCGAAGGCGGAACAAAGCGUAGAUGCGAACGUAGAGGUUAAGGAAUCAGAAGUAAGCUCGUACAACGGUAUCGUGUUGAAAUUGAGCAAAUACUUUAUCAACAAUAUAGAGGAAUUUGUAUUCGACACGUACGCGAAUCAUCUUUUGAGAACAGUGAUCGAGUGUCUCGGCGGUUUGAUAGAUAAACCUAACAGAAACGAUAAAACCAAGCUGGCUUUCGGCAAAAGGCGGCCGGUCGCAGGAGACUUUAAAGAUUUGUUGUUUGCAACGUGCAACAGACUGUACAAGUGGCCUCGAUUUGUCGAGUUUGGCCAAGACGAGCUUACAUCUGGAUUGUUGCAAAGCGCUUUGUACUCUUUGAAGGAUGUCUUCCCGGAAAUGGUGGAGGCGUACGUAAAAAAAAUUACAAACGAAUGUUUCAAACCUGGGAAAGAGCAACAGCUGUCGAGCAUCUUCGACGCAGAAUCUUCUAUCAGACUGCUGGAGGUUUGUUUGGCUGUAGCUGAUGAAAAAUCCCUCUGUAAAAUUUACGAGGGAUACUUUUCGCAUCGUUUCAAGCAACUGUCGGUGACGCGAAGUACGAACUUUAGCGUGCAACGUUUAUUGGAUCACUGUUCCGUAAAAGAAGACUUUGAACGAAUAUUCGACCAAGUAUCCACGUAUUUCCCAGAAAUUCUCGAGAGCGGUUAUACCGGUGUUUUAGCCAGCGUGGCGAACGCGAGCUUAAAGUUGCAGAUAAAACAGGGGGCAUUCGUAACCGAACUUUUGAAAGCUCUUGGUUGCGAGGUAAAGGAGAAGGAGCAACAGCAUCAAGUCGUGGCGUGUAUAGCUUGCCUGAAAACGGUCCAGCAGUUGGAAAGUGAACGGAAAGAGAACGAUUCGAAGAGUUUGAUUAGCUUGCACGGAAGUUUGAUAGUACAAGCUAUUCUUAACUUUAACAAACCGAUAAAAGUGGUUAAUUCCUUGUUGGAAACAGACGCAGAGGAACUGGUGCGCAUGUUUGAAGAUCCGAAAGGAAGUCGUAUCGUAGACGCUUUUAUGGACAGUAAAUACGUCGGUGAGAAGAGCAGGGAAAAGCUCGGCAAGAAAUUAAAAGGAUACUGGGCUCGAUUGGCUCGCAGUACCCAUGGCUCUAGAAGCUUGGAUAAAAUGUGGCAAUGGGCGCGUAUCAAUCAGAAGAUUUUAAUCGUGGAAGAAUUAGCAGCUGUCGGAGAAUCUCUGCGUUCCACGAAAUCUGGACAAAUCAUAACGAACAAAUUAAACGUUUCGUUGUUUGCGAGAAAUAAGAAAGAUUGGACAGAAGCGAUAGGAAAGGAAGAAAAGACGCGAGCUCUUUUCGCCACUAUAAUAGGAGGAGACUCGAAGAAAAAAGAGACGUGA